AUGAGCAGCGGCAAGGCAGACUCCGAGAGCUUGCUUAAGACGCUGGCGCAGGUGGCCGAGGCACCACCUGGGGUGGUGCUUCAUGAUGCCCAGAUAUAUGACAUGAUGCGGCAGAAGCAGAAGCCCAAUCCCGCAUUGCCUCAGCCACAGUACUACGGCAAUGCCAAGGCCGCCAAGGAGGACUACUGCGACAUGGUGUUGUCUCGUCACCCGGAGGUGGAUGACCCCUUGAGCAUUCCGAUCGACGAGGAGUCGUUGGUCCUGUCGGGGCACGGGCGUCCGCAUGGCCGUUUCCCCUUUCUGAAUAAGGCGGUCAAGCCUACCCCAGCCACGAGCUACACGCGUCUCAAGCAUACCCUCACCGCCGACAGCCCCCAGCCUCGUCCACGGCCUGCUCGUCCACCCGCCUACGAUCCUGAGUUCGAGGCGGCCUUCGAAGCCUGCAAUGAAGCGUAUCAGCAGGCCGCUGCCCAGUGGAAUAGGCAGAAUACGGCCUACAUGGCGUAUAUAGGAGAAAUGAUGAUUUCUAUGUCUACUGGUACACCGCCACCGGCUCGAGUUACCGUGGCGGGGGACAUGCCUAUCAUGCCAUCGAGGGCAGCUUUCGCUGCGACUUACUACGGAUCCACACCGGAGGGAACGGGAUGCUCCGGGAACCAGGCCUCGCCGGGUGGGCGCGAGGUCACACCGGUUCAUGAAGGUGGUCGUUCUGCUGGUGCCUCUCCUUCGACUACUCCUGGGACUACUCCCGGUGCCUCUCCGUCGACUUCUCCUUGGCGUAGCACCGGUCCUUCUCCAGGUGGUUCUUCUGCAGCUUCUACCGGAGCCCAACCCCGGGUUGCUCGUUUCGCCAACGAUGUGGGCGGACACACCCCGCCCGGGUCCUUCCUCCGCUAG